UAAACAUCUUUUUUUCAAUCUCUUGCUCUUUGAAGUAGAAAGAAGAGUUUCUUCUUCAACCCUACUAGGUCCUGAUUUCAAGGACUUUCUCUAUUCCCUUCUAUUUCUGUUGACACCACUUUCUUUAGUACCUUGCAAAACACAGCUUCUAUAACCAAUUAAUGCAUUCUUUACCAAAACAUAUAAAUGCUUUAUGCAAUUUAUCUUGCCUCCAAAUUCUCCAGCUGAUAAAUUUGACAAAUAUCUUACACAUUACAGUAUAGAUUACCAAAUUGCCAGCAUCCAAUAAGUUUUCCCUCUACUCUACAGAAAACCACUAACUCCAUAUCACAUGUUAUAGAUGGCUUUGACUGCAGCACCCCACAUAAGGUAUCAAUGCUGGUCAGGCUGAGCCUAGUCAUGCUUCUGGUAACAUUCAUGCUUCAAUAGUGUAACAUCUGAGACUCACUUCUUGCUCAUGUAACUUGGCCUGAGUUGACGAGGGCUCUAAUGAACAUUGUCCUUGCUUACAGACACAGGGUCGCAGAGUCUUCACAUCUGGAACAUCUUAAGUGAUAUGGUAGUGAUGGAGAGAACCAGGCAACUCUCACGCUUGCUCUUGGGACUCCCACUCAGAUGUCAUUGGGAUUUUCACAACACAUUACUACAACCUUGCACAAUCACAGUAACCAAACAGGAAAAGGAAGUGAUUUCUGUUUCAUUUAUAUAAAUACUGCUUUGUGAAAGACCAAACUACAUUCAUCUUCCUUUGGGCAAAGGGACAUCUUAUCCUCAUCUGCCUAUUUCAGAGACAAUGAUGUUGGUGAGCAUAUGCUUGAUGGUACUACUGCAGCAAACUGCAAGCACGGGAGAUGUCUCAUAUUUUUCUCUAAUGACCCAUGACCGAUCAGUCCAAAUGGACAUUACUAAUAAGCACAAUCAGCUUAGAAGAUUAACACAGCCCAGUGCUUCCAACAUGCUUAAACUGACAUGGAAUGACCAAGUCGCACAGAAUGCUGAGAAGUGGGCAAAGAAGUGUACCAUGUCUCACAGUCCUCCACAUGAACGACAAAUCAGGUUUGCUGACUGUGGGGAGAAUUUAUUUAUGUCCAGUAAUCCCAGAAACUGGUCAUAUGCAAUCCAAUCUUUAUAUAAUGAAGUUACAGACUUUAGGUAUGGAUCUGGAGAUACUCGACCAAAUGUUAAAACUGGCCAUUACACCCAGCUUGUUUGGGCCACUUCCCACCAGCUUGGCUGUGCAUUAGCCCAUUGUCCUAAUAAGCGCUUGAAGUUUUACUACGUCUGUCAGUAUUGCCCUGCGGGAAACAACAUAAAAACCAGGAAUACUCCAUAUAAAAAAGGAAAACCAUGUGCAGACUGCCCUGGUCAUUGUGAUAAUGGGCUUUGCACCAACCCCUGCAUGUAUCAGGAUAGGUUCUCGAACUGUCAGCAGCUGACGCAAAACUAUAAGUGUGGCUCAAGGUUCAUGGAAGACAACUGCCCGGCGACCUGCAAAUGCCUUACAGAAAUAAAAUAGACCAUCCUUUAAUAGUGAUUUUUCUUCUCAUGAGGAAAAUGACUACACUAAAAUAAAUCAUUACAAAAUUUCAUUCUGUUCUUUUAAAUGAUCACAGAAGUUUUGAAUACAUCUUAAAAACACUAAUUAAAUGUGAUAAUAUCUAAGUUAGAAAACUAGAUCAUGAAAACAGUAAAUCCAAUAUUCAUACCUGAUAGGCAAAAAUGUAAUGAUGAAUAUGAUAAUCUUUGUUAACAUAAUUAGUAACAUAUGUUUAAAGCUUUUGUGUAAUUUUUAUGAAUAAAUGUAUUUAAAAUUUUUAAAACA